UCCAGGAAAACUCAUGAAAUCAUUAUGUAGUCAUCGUUGGUGUAAAGUUUUACAAUCAUUUCUUAUUUUGUCCACAUUUCCCAGAAAACACCGCAGUAUUACGUAGGGAGCAUGGAACUAGCACACAAGCAACGCCUGAUCAAAUACUGCUUAAUUCUUUCUUCCUUUUCAAAAGAAAAUUGCUUUCCAUUGAUAAAAUUCUUUGUUUUUCGGGACUUGUCGUUGUCCAUGGGAUCUUUAUCUUCUUAUGUAGUUUUACUUUUAUCAUUUACAAAGUUUUUACCGUUUAUCAUUACGAUUCAGAAAGCGUCAGCCUCAAUGGCAUUGGUACCUUAUUCACCUCACAAAACACUUGGAAUCUUCCACAAAUCCGAGAGAAACUUUACGUUUGUUGGAAGGACACUCACAAUUCAUCAAGAUUGGGAAGAAGGAGGAGUGGCUGCCGUUGUGUGGGAUGCUGCUCUUGUUUUAAGCCAGUAUUUAGAAAGCAAAGGUAACUGGAUCAAAGAUAAGAAAGUUAUUGAACUCGGAGCAGGAACAGGACUGGUUGGAAUGGUUGCAGCUAUAUUAGGAGGGGAUGUGGUCGUCACAGAUAGAAAAGCUGCACUGAACUAUACCAAAACUAAUGUGAAAAACAAUUUGAAAAUACUGUCAGAUACCUCCUUGAAAGUUACUGCGCUGGACUGGGGACAGGACACAUCAAUUUUCUCGGCACCUUAUGACAUAAUUCUCGGAGCUGACAUUGUGUACAUUGAGGAAACUUUUCCAAAUUUGUUGAAAACCCUAACCGAUUUAAGUGGAAAUGAAUCAGUUAUAUUAUUGUCCUGCAGGAUUCGAUAUAAAAGAGACAACGAUUUCAUACGACUUUUGAAGACAAAGUUUAAUGUAAAAAAGAUUUCACAUGACAGAAAUGUAGAUAUUAAGGUCUAUGAGGCUACGAAAUUUCAUAUUGUAACUGCUAAACAGGACCUGUAAUUUAUCACUUCAAAAUAGAUUUUCAAAUAUAAUAUAAUAUUAAAUGUUGUUUAAUGUU